CAGUAUAUGGUCAACAACCCAUGUUUUUCCGUGAAAGAAGAUUUGUGUGCUCCAGGAAUACGCGAAGAGUGUUUUUUCUUUUGAACAAGACGAAAAGUAAAUAUAAAAGCUAAUGAGGAAGUUGAGACUAUCUGUCGAGAUUUGUUUGGAACAGUCAGCUGCUGCAGCCAACACUGUGACCAACAGCUGGCCAUCAGACCUGUUGUCGACAUGAAGACUGACCUGCUCAUCCACUUCUCUGUGUGUCUCUUCGUUAUGAUGCAUAAUCUGAUUAGUGGUAAUCAGAUGUGUUCAAAGCUUGAAUUUGUGCAAGGGUCGGAAAAAAUCGUAGCUUUGGAAGGCAGUCCUGUCGACCUCAUCUUCUACCUGGACACAGAACAGUGCUCGACUAAUCAGACUCGCUACACCAUCAAAGUCUCCAAGGAAAACAACGGUCGGCACACAGACAUCUGUAAAAUUAUUCUGGAUAAAACAUGCACGGUGUCUCGUUACUCAGUAGGAUGCUCCUGUCUCGCCCCACUCGGCCCCAUGCUGUUCUCCAAGAAUGUGACCAGCGAUGACAACAACACUGUGUACGUGUGGAAAUGGGGCGACUUUUCUCCAGGGGAGGAGAGAAGAAUAACAUUUGAAACUACCAGUGCUGCAGCUAAGACAGAUCGCGUUCAGGGCAUCGAGUCCAAGAACGACAACUCGAUGGUUGUGGUCAUCAGCACGACUGGGGCGUGUCUGGUCGUCAUCACCGCUGUCGUCAUAACCUUCAUCGCAUGCUGCAGGAGAGUAGCUGAAAGAGGGUUUGAUGAAACACGCGUAAGGCACGGAGGCAACAAAGGUAUCAUCGUCUCAUACACCCAAGACACCCCACCCACAGGCAAAACCGUCGGCGACCCGGCAAGAGACACUUAUGAAGAAAUCGAGGAUGCUCCAAAGCCGCAUGGGCGAUGUCGAGUGAGCCUCAGGACCGGAGUGAGUCUGCCCCCCAUCCCUGUGUCCCACCUGUACGUUGAGACACCCUGCUCCACCCCGGGUAGCCAGCGUGAGAUACAGGAGCACUCAGUGGAGUACCUGCACCCACUGGUGGCGGCUGGGACGCGAACCGAGGAAAUGGCGGAGUUCCGAGUGGUGAGCUGUGCUCAGUCCCAGGCCCACUACCGCCCGCUCAGUAGCUCCAUGUAGAGCAGCCGCUCUGCCGCCUUUGUUUCUGGGAACAAAAAUCUAAUAUGCUUCCUUUUUUGUUUCAAGUAUUUGUAGAUAUUUCUUUGUUAUUGUUCGAGCUCAGUACUGGCAGUAGACAAUAUUGCCGAACCCUAAUCAGCGAAGAAUACGACCGCUACGCCAUGUGUGGGCAAGAAAUGGAGAAUGCGGCAUCAAGCAUCUCUUAACUCUUUCAAUUAUGAAUUGACUUAAGUAUAUCAUCUGUACAGUAGUAGUAUUUUUAUCUCUCUUGUGUAUCAUCGCUACAAUUGUCUUUCAUAAGCGGACAGGGAUCCUUUCAAACAUCUUUCGUCACCCUUCAGAGGUUUUUUUUUUUCACGGUAUGCCAUUCCAGUAUGGCGCCUACAAAUCUUUGGAGUUCUAGGGUUCAGUUUUAAGUGUAAACUCAGGGCAAGAUCCGACCCACCCCACACUUCCACCAUUUUCUUCGGUUUUCGAGAUACAGUCAGUGAUGUACACACAGAGGUUAAACUCGUGACAUGAUGUUUGUACCCAGACACAACUGAUCAUCAUGUGGUCCCAGCUCUUCAUCAGACUGAAACCUUGACAAUGUAAAACUACUUAUGUACAAUCCUGACAGUUUUCUUGAUGACUUCCUUCUGCGCAUGUGUCACGACCCUUGCCGUGACCUCUCGCUUGUUGCCUCCCUUGCUCUAGAGGCGAAAGCACUGAACAAAGCCAAUGAGUGUAAAUAUCGUCAGUCAUGGUCCGAAUCCCUGAGAGCGACAGUCGAGAAUUUUGAGAGAAAGAAAAAAAGAUCGUUACAAAGUGGAAAGACAUCGAGACUGGAGAAAAGCAUCGGAAUAAAAUUCAGUUCCCAGCACAAAAUGCUACAGUUUACUAAGUGGACAUUUGGCUGUCCCCAGGUGUUAUAGUUUCGUGAAGUGAAAGUUCACCUGUCUCUAACCACAACCUACUGUGUUGCAUUUUCGAUAAGCACACGUUUGGCCGUCGCCAGAGACGGCGGCGAGAGUUUGAUUGUUGCCCAAGUGGACGUUCACCCUCUUCAGCGACGAGAGUGUGAGGGAAUUAACCGUUAAAAAUUAGAUUCUAAUGUCAGCACAACAUUUAUGGGCCUGCGAAGGCAACUCAUUAUUUUUGAGUGACAGAACUACAUGUACAGCUGUAAGAGAAAGAAUCUAUGAGAUAUACAGAGGUGACUGUGUGGUAUUGUGAUACCAUGGUGAUGUUCGUAACCGGGUAUCUGGAACGAAAGGGGAGACCUGAUCCCGAUUUUGAAAAAUGCUAUCUUGCUCUGAGCUUUAUACAAUCAUUAGAUAAAUUGUAUCCCACUUGACCUUUGACAUUUGUGUAAAUUUGUGCAUCAAUAAUUACAAACUAUCUCUUUGUAUUUGUUAAACUUGAAGACAUUAUCUUCUAAACACCUUGUCGUUGAACGACAGCAUGGCUUGUUUUUUCCUAAUGCAAAACCGAUUUCCUUCAUAUCACACACUGUAAGAAAAAAGAGAAAUGUUUGUAACUGCACGUGCAUCAGGGGACUAAAAGCAAUGGUGAGGUCAACAUAACAGUUAUGUCUUCGUUCUGUAGCCUGAGGCGAGAUUUGUACAGACACCAGAACCGUUAGGACGGUAGGUAAUGACGUCACAAAACUCUCAUUCGAUGAUAAGGCUACUGUCCCCACUAAAUUGCCUCGCUAUCUGCGCAGGUGUGAAACUUCCUACGCCUUACACAGAAGGAAUCAUUUUCAUUUUUUUUUUUUUUUUUUUUUUGUAUUUAGCUGCUUUACUUUCCUCAAAGUAUUUAUGUCUCUGAGGAUAAUGAACAUGAACGCUUGUAAAGUUAUUGUGAACACCAUUGCUUAAGAAUCAGAACUGCUACAAAAUCAACACUGGCCUAUAUUGUAUUCACUUGCAUUCACUGCACCAUUAAUUAUAUUAUUGGUGAUAAUUACCUUAAAACAACAGUUAGAAAAAUUGUACUGCUGUGAAUACGAUAUCUCAAAGGCGCAGAAACGAUUAAAGAAAUAAACAUUUUU